CCUCCCCUUCUUUUCAGAUCCGAGACUCCUAUCUACCACCAGCAAUAACCUAAUAUCUCUCGUCCUUUCCUCUGGUUCUUCCCGUAUCAGCCUUAUAAAAGCCGGGGCUUGCACGGAUCCGAGCGGGGUGAAGAACUGGAUCGGCCGAAAGCUUAACCUCGUCAUAAGUCAGCCUGAACUAAACUCACUAACAAUCAACCCCCCGUGGACCCUCCCGCCCACAAGUUCCGCAACUUCCCCUAGUUGCGCGACCUCCCAAGGCAACCUCUUUUUUUUUUUUUAAAGUUUGGUUUCCCUUUUCCUUUAUUUUUAUUUUUAUUAUUUUGUUUGUCGGUUAAUGUUUAUUUUAUUCCUUUAUGAAGAAGGGGCGCACGCCAUUGUUUCAUUAUCCUACUUUAUGUUUUGGCUGUCAUCUCGAGGAUCAGUCAACUUUUACUCCCGUGGACUUCCCCCGUGUUAGGUCUUUUGGCGUGAGGUGACCUGCAUCCCUCCUGCGUCCGCUGCUGAUCCACCCACCCCAGCGCUGGUGGCAACAACAACAACAACAACACCCGGACGGCAACAACGAUACAAGACAGCCCCUCAUGGAAGAAAUACACCCCCAGGGACGGCCGCAGCAUCAUGUUGACAAGUAUGCGCCGAAAAUUCAUGACAAGACCGAGCAACUACAGGACCAGGCAGCCACUAUGAAAGCUGCUUUGCAUAGCGACGGGGCGCAACACGAACCCGCAGGUGGAUUUGAUAGCACCCCGUUUCCCCACGCGCCUGCAGGACACACCCUCAAAUUUACCUUUCAUCGCGGGAUCAACCUCCCGUGUGCGGAUUUUGGCCGUUUCACCUCGGACCCUUACAUCCUGGCCCAAAUGAUGGUGGACCUCCCUCAGCGGCAUAAACAGGACCCAAUCCUCACCUUUCGCACGCCUACGGUACGCAAAAACAGAGAUCCUGUUUGGGACAGCGAGUGGAUUGUCGCCAAUGUCCCCUCUUCGGGAUUUAAGCUUCGCUGCUGUGUGUUUGAUGAGGAUGCGGCGGAUCACGAUGAUAAGCUAGGCAAUGCCUACGUCGACGUGGGUUCGAUCGGCGAGGGCUGGUCUGGGAUCCAUGAGCAAACCUUCAAGGUCAAGAAACGUUCAGGCAGCAAACGCGUGUAUCUCUUCGGGAAUAUCGCCGCUCUGGCUUCGGGACGCCUGGAUGUUGGUUCCCACGUCGUGGUGAGCGUGGAGUAUCUAGGGAGAACUCCGGGGACCGAAGGAGCCCAAAUGUACACGCUGGGACCGAACUACUGGUUCAAGCAUUUCUCGCCCAUGAUCGGAAGAUUGACGGGGACCAAAGAUGAACUUCAGAACCAUAACGGUCAGAAGAAUGUCUCUCGCUAUAAUUUCCAGGCGAUUCAGAUUCAGCUGAGGGGACCUGUUCCCUCGGAGCUGUACCAUCGUUAUGUCGAAUUCAGACCAUUUGUUGCGGGCAUGUUCACGUCGCAGAGUCUACGAGGGCGGAUCCUCAAUCGGGCUCUGCACCACCAGCACCAACGGAUAUACAAUUUCGAUAGGACGACACUCCAUGAUCAAUUGCCGUCGCCGUGUACUGAGCUUACUCAGAAGUUCCUAGAAUUUGUCCAAUAUGCGCAAGGUGGUCGGAUCUUCACCUAUGUCCUCACUCUCGAUGCCCAGUUUCGCUUCACCGAGACCGGAAAGGAGUUCGGGGUCGACUUGCUAAGCAAGCACACCAUGCAUAGCAAUGUGUCCAUCUACAUCGCGUAUUCGGGGGAGUUUUUCCUUCGUCGGCGCAAGAACCGCCAGAAGCACCAAUCCGCUGCGUCACCAAUCUCGGAGACCGAAAUCCCCGUGGAGGAAUCGCCAGAAUCUCCCGAAGUCUCCACAGAUCCGGACGAUUAUGAACUCUACAUCGACAACGACAGCGGGACCUACCGACCGAAUGGCCAGUGCCUUCAUUUGCUCAAACAGUUCAUUUCCGCGAACUUCCCUGGCCUCCACGUCACCACUCUGGAUUGUCAGGACGACGCCGAACGGAUGGCAGAAUUGAAGGAUGAGCAGAGAGAGUUCAAGAAGAGCGAGAGCGGACAUAUGACUUUCCUCCAGCAAAGCAGCACUUCGUCGCUUUCCAUCUCGAGUUCUGACGAAGAAGAGCUGGACGAACGCAGUGGCCUCCGGACCAAAAAGCGAGGGGAAUUUUCUCAAAAGGUACAUGACAUGCGCGAUGUGAAAGGUCAAAUGAUGAAGUGGGCCCAAGCCGACGAGUAUCGGGCGAAGAGCGCUGGCAAUUCGAGCGCCUACCCGGGAAAUCAGCACGCACCUGUUCGAAGGGAUCGCGAGGCGCCUUUGACGCUUGGGAAAAAUACCACCGUUGACGAACGAGCUGCUGGUUAUAAUAGUAGUUGAACCUUGACAUUAACACCGACAUGUCGUUUCGUGGGGUUAAUAGGCUUGCUGCUGGCAACACCGCGCCUGGUUGUAUCUCCGGAUACUGUCGAAGCGACUUUUCCCAUCCUUCCUGCCAUUCUUCUUCUUCCUCUUCUUCUCCACCAUCUUUAAUUUUAUUUUUCUCCUCCUCCUCCUUAUUUGUCUUCUUCAUGAUCUUCUUUACUCUCAUUCCUCCUCUUAUUUUUAUUUUAUUUUUUAUUUUAUUUCUUCUUUUACUUCUUGUCACCGUGGCCCUUCCUUGGUGUUAUUGUGCAUGGUCCUGGGAAUUUCCUAGCGACCGUAAUAUCCUACCAUGCCUGCAUUGGGGCGUGUUUAUCCUGCGUGGUUAUCCACUUAUUGUUACUGUCAUUCUUACCAUAAUUAUCCCUUCUGCCUGUCUCCUGGUGAUCGUCUCGAUCAGCAAACUUUCAAGACGAAGCGAACUAUCCUCGGGUACUCCGUGUAAGAUUGUGACCAACCAUGAUACCAUCCACAGUUUUUUUUUUACUGGAUCAAACGAGCCAACGAAUGAUCAAUGAGCAUCCUAUUAACGGACGG